CCGAAAGCAGCCAGAUGGUUUUGUGUUUUGCUUUUGUAACGAAGAGAACAUCAUGGCUGAGAGCUGUUGAUGCUUUGACAGCAUGAUUGCCGAUUGGUGUUUUUUUGUGCGGUGUAGCGGCACGCUCUUUUUUUCUCUCUCUCUCUCUCUCUCUAUUGAGCCCAGGCUGAAGGACCUAUGUUGCUCACUCAACUAGCUCUUCGCCUUCGUACAGCUCAGGGAAGUAUCUUACAGGCCGGGGAUUUGCUGCGGCUCUACAUGUGGCCUUUGACUUCUUGGGAUCUCAAAGUUUGUGAGGCUCAGUGUGUGCCACAGAGCCCGGCAAUGUCCUGUGUUGAACCAACUUGCCAUGCAGAGAGCCUUUUUUCAACGCCAUUCAAAGGAGGUGGCAAUGUUUUGGAAUUCGUUCUUCCAGAUGGAAUGGAGCCCAUCACCAACCAUGUGAUGCACACCAUAGUCCUGCGUGGACCACAUUUUCGACUCCCUCCUGGAGGCUUCAUGCCAACUCGCCUAGCAGGUGAACUGUUCUCGACCGAUCGUGAGAGGCGAGUGUCCUACGCGGAGUCUGUGGGGCUUUUGCCAUUUGUCCCAGUCAAAGUGGUGGGUGGGGUCCUGCAGCCCACUGGGAGCGAGCCCUUUGCUGACGAUGCCUGGAAUCCAGUCUCACGAACGAAGAACUGAAGGAACAACAUUACAGAAAAGAGACACUGAGAAAGAAGAUGAAAGAAGAAAGAGGAAAUGAAAGAAGCCGUGCAAUGGAAGCAAGCAUGGGAAGAGCAAUAGUGCUCACAAAUAAGCUGCAAGCAAACGGGCAAG